GAAAGGCUCCACAGUAUGUGGGAGCUCCGGUCCAUAGCCUUCUCCAGGGCUGUGUUUGCAGAAUUCCUGGCGACACUCCUCUUCGUCUUCUUUGGCCUGGGCUCAGCCCUCAACUGGCCGCAGGCCCUGCCGUCCGUGCUGCAGAUCUCCUUGGCCUUCGGCUUGGCUAUCGGCACCCUGGUGCAGGCUCUGGGCCACGUCAGCGGGGCCCACAUCAACCCUGCCGUGACUGUGGCCUGCCUGGUGGGCUGCCACGUCUCCUUUCUCCGAGCUGCCUUCUAUGUGGCUGCCCAGCUGCUGGGGGCCGUGGCAGGAGCGGCCCUGCUCCAUGAGAUCACACCAGCAAACAUCCGAGGGGACCUGGCUAUCAACGCACUUCACAACAAUGCAACAGCUGGCCAGGCCGUGACUGUGGAGCUUUUCCUGACCCUGCAGCUGGUGCUCUGCAUCUUUGCCUCUACAGAUGAACGUCGUGGAGACAACGUGGGCACCCCUGCCCUAUCCAUUGGCCUCUCUGUGGCCCUGGGCCACUUCCUUGGGAUCUACUACACUGGCUGCUCCAUGAACCCUGCACGCUCCCUGGCACCAGCUGUUGUCACCGGCAAAUUCGAUGAUCACUGGGUCUUCUGGAUCGGACCCCUGGUCGGCGCCAUCUUGGGCUCCCUUCUCUACAACUACGUCCUGUUCCCGCCCUCUAAGAGCCUGUCGGAGCGCCUGGCGGUGCUGAAGGGGCUGGAGCCAGACACCGACUGGGAGGAGCGCGAGGUGCGGCGGCGGCAGUCGGUGGAGCUGCACUCGCCGCAGAGCCUCCCUCGGGGCAGCAAGGCCUAA